AUGGCUUGUAAAAAGUGCCAGAAGACCGUUUCCGAAAAGGAACGCAUUUUUUGUCGUGGAUUCUGCGGUGAUACUUUUCACAUCAUUUGCGCCAAGGUUGAACUGGAGCUUCUUGACCAGCUGGGACUGUACGAGAAAAACGUGUUCUGGAUGUGCGAUCACUGUUCCGAGCUUUUCACUAACGGUCAUUUCCGCAACAUCGUCAGCCGGGACAGCGCGCAGAGCUCUUUAAUACCGGAAGCUGUCGAUUCGAUGAAGGCGGACAUUGAUAAAUUGAAUUCGGCAGUGGCCGUCCUAGCGGCCAAAGUAGACUCGAAACUACCAUCCGCUUCGACAUCGACAUUGUCUUGGCCUAGAUCGGAUCGUCUCAACUCUAAUCGUAACACCCCAAAGCGUCGUCGGACCUCGAUUAACUCGAACGAUAAACCGAUUCUCAGCGGCACGAAACCACCCAGUGAGUCGAUUAAAACAGUUAACCAAAAUGCGGAUAAGGUGUGGGUAUAUUUAUCGGCGUUUCACCCCAGUACCACGAACGAAGAUAUUGCGUCACUCGUUCGAGACUGUCUGGCACUGGACCCUAGUGAAACACCAAUGGUGGCCAAACUGGUACCCAAAGGUAGAGAUCCAACAACGCUGAACUUCGUAUCGUUCAAAAUUGGCGUCAAGAAAGAACUGCGUGACCUGGCACUUUCUUGCGACUCUUGGCCUGAGAGUAUCCAGUUCCGUGAGUUCGAAGAUUCACGAAGCUUGAAUAUCACCCAAUUGACGAAUGCUGCCCCUAUGGAGUGA